GUCCCUCCCCUUUGCUCAGUCCGGUGCCAGUACGCGAGAGCCGGCGGGCCCAGGUCAGGGCGGGAGGCUACUGUCCAAGGCCAGGAGCUCAGUGGGUGGCGGGAGCCCUCCGUAGGAUCGGCUGGGAUACCAUUAGAGUUUUGAAUUAUUCCUAUUAUUUAUUAGCUGUUUUACAAAGGUAGAGUAAAAAUAAAAAAACACUAUGUCUGAUGAAGUUUUUAGCACAACUUUGGCUUAUACAAAGAGUCCAAAAGUCACCAAAAGGACUACUUUCCAGGAUGAGCUAAUAAAAGCAAUUACAGCUCGCUCAGCCAGGCAAAGGAGUUCUGUAUACUCAGAUGACUUUGACAGUGAUGAAAUUGUUUCCUUAGGUGAUUUUUCUGACACCUCAGUAGAUGAAAAUUUGGAUAAGAAAAAGAUGAAUGAUUUCCAUUUAUCAGAUGAUGAAGAAAAGAAUUCUCCAAAACUGUCUUUUUUGAAAACCAAGAAAUCAAACAGUGACAUAAUGGAAGAUGAGGCAGUAUUCUCCACCAAAAAUGAUGAGGAAAUGGCACCUGAUGGUUGUGGAGAUAUGGCUGGAACUCCCUUAUCUGAAUCUCAAAAUAAAGACCAAGAAAUUGAAAAAGACGAAAUUAAAAUGAAACCUAAACCCAGAAUUCUUCCAGUCAAAGGCAAAUCUUCAGAAAACAGCAGCAGUCUUGAAGCAGACAAGCACUUUAAGCCUUUACCUCGUCCACGGAGCAUGUUGAAAAAACACAGCCACAGGGAGGAGAAAGAUGGGCUAGGCAAAGAUGAGACCACUGCCCUCCAUGAAGAAUUGGAGGCACAUUCUGCACCCUCCCCCUUUCCAAAACUAAGUGACAGACAACUAGAAGCUGUGAAAAAAUUGUUCUCCGAAAACCUCGAUCCUGAGGAUCCAUGUUUAACAAGUUUAUCAUCAUCAUCCCUUAAAGAAAGUCUUGGAGAUUCCUUUUCACCAGGAUCUGGAGGAAAAGCAUCCAUAAAAGAUCAAAAUGAAGAACUCCCUGAAAACCACAUGAGUUCAAAUGAAAAUGAAGAGAAUUCAUUUUUAAUAGACUUUGUCACUCCUCCAAUUGAGAAAUCCCAGGAAAGUCAAGUGAUAACCGAUGACCUUGAAGAAGAAAAGGAGAAAGCUGAACUGAUGAUGAAUGACUUAACCGUUGAUCCACCAUUGUUGAAAGCUCAGAGUAUCUUAGUAUCUACUGAUGCAACGGAGCCUUCAAAGAAAACAAUUGAAGAUAGAAAUAUGAAGACUAAAAAGUCAACAAAUACUAGAGCUUCCAGUGCAUCUGGCAGAUUAAUGACCCCUGAGUUCUUAAAGAAAUCUAAUUCUGUAAGGAGGCCUCCGUCAACAACUACCUCUUCCCACUAUUUAGGGACUUUGAAAGUCUUGGACCAAAAGCCCUCACAGAAACAGAACAUAGAACCUGAAAGAGCAGACAGCAUAAGGGCAGCUGUUUAUCAGGAGUGGUUAGAAAAGAAAAGUUAUUUACAUGAAAUGCACAAUAAAAGGAUCGAAAGUGAAAACUUAAGGAUCCAAAAUGAACAGAAAAGAGCUGCUAAGCGAGAAGAAGCAUUAGCAUCCUUUGAGGUGAAGGCUAUGAAAGAAAAGGAAGCAAAGAAAAUAGCUGCCCAAAAAAGGCUUGAGGCCAAAACAAGAAGAACAGAGGAAGAAAAUGCCGUGAGAAAGGAAGAAGCACUGCAGGCCUUUGAACGAUGGAAAGAGAAAAAAUUGGAAUAUCUUAGAGAGAAAAAUAAAAAGGAGAGAGAAUAUGAAAGAGCAAAGAAGCAGAAAGAGGAGGAGACGAUUGCUGAGAAAAGGAAAGAUAACCUAACUGCUGUUGAGAAAUGGAAUGAAAAGAAGGAUGCUUUUUUCAAAGAAAAGGAGAAAGAGAAAAUAAAUGAGAAAAGAAGAGAAGAACUGAAAAGAGCAGAGAAAAAAGAUAAAGAUAAGCAAGCUAUUGAUGAAUAUGAAAAAUGGCUGGAAAAGAAAGAAAGGCAGGAAAGAAUCGAACGAAAACAAAAGAAGCGUCAUCCCUUUCUGGAAAAUGAGGCACUUCCUCCCUGGAGCCCUCCAAGCAGAACUGUAUUCUCAAAAGUGUUCUGAUACUUCUCAUUUUUACAUUAUUUAGUUAUCAAUUCACCAUUUUAGCCACUAUUUAUUCAAUUAGUUAUAGUUAGUAGAGUCUAUUUUUAUUAAAUGCCAGCCAUUUCCACUAACAAUGGAAAAGAUGCUUUGGAGUUUAAUCAGUGAAAUAAUUGAAAGCUUUUUUUUUUUGGACUGUAGGUAAACUGCCUCAGAUGAGAAGCUAAUAAUCAGAUUGCUCUUACCAUUCGAAUGACCAUCACGUCCUGACAGUCCUUACAAUCAGAUGAUCCAUGGUCACUUUCCCGAAGCUGUGCAUGGUAUUUAAGUGGUUUUAUUCCCCAGAAUAGGAAACCAUCUAGGUACUAUAAUCAUAGAAAUUAUGAAUGAAAUCUGUGAAUGAUUGUGCACCUAGAUUCAGGUUUUAAAAGGAAUCAUCUCUGGGGGUAUGCAUAUAUGUAAAUACACACAUAUAUAUAUAUAUAUAUACAUUUUUUUUUAAACUGAUCUUUAGCUCAAGCAGUUGCAUUUGCACUGUGCAAGUUAGAGUUUCAGUCAGUUAAGGCAGUAGUUCAGUAGAACUCAAAUCGUUGAGGUAUUUUAUUUCAAAAGUUUGCCUUAUGUUUUAAUAUGAGUUUUAUCUGUCCCACACUUAAGGUGACAAUCGUAGGCACUUUUAUAAUGAGUAGACCUCUAAAAUGUGUCUUCUAAGUUCUAUCUCACUUUAUUAUUUCAGUGGUACCAAAAAUAUAUCCAUUUCUUGGUAGUGAUAUACUUAAUGCAAUAGUUAUGGAAAUUCCAUGAGAGUUCAAGGUCAUUAUCACUGUUAAUAAUUUUUUCCAGACUAAAGCCAUAAAGGUAAUAAAGGUAAUUUUCAAUCUCUUAGCUUAUUCCAGAGCCUUAUAGUUUAUAUUUAGAAGACAGCUAUGUAGGAAGGCAAUUUGUAGAAAAUGCCCAAAGAAUCUUUAUUUAUUUAUUUGAUCUCUGCAUAUCUUUAAAUUAAUUGGACUCAUACUUGAACUGGUCAGCUGGUUUAUCACAGACCAAAUGUAUGCUCUCAGAGCUGCAGGACUACUUUAGCCAAUGAUGCAGCGCAAUGAUAGAUGAGAAUAAAUAAUUAUUAUUUAUUAAGCACCUAAUGUAUGCUUGCUGCUGGAUCUUUACAGAUGUCAAUUCUUAUCUUUAGAACAAUUACUCAGUGUAGGUGUUAUUUUGCAGAUUAAAAAAUACUGAGACUCGGAGAAAUAACUUGCCAUACAUUUAGCAUGUGAUUGAAUCGGGAUGAGAAUUAAGUCUUUCUCCCUCCAGAAUAUAUAUUAUAUCAACUUUACAAACACAUAUCACCUCUGGGAUCCUAAAAUCAUGUAUUGUUAUCUGGAGAUUAUCUUUAUUUUAAGAAAUAUCUGUUUGUUAUUUAGAGAUGUUGAACUUUAUUAGAUCUAUAAAGUGGAAGAAGUUUCCAUAAUUGUUGAAGAUUUAGUCAAAUGCCUUGUACCUAGCGUUAGAAUGUCAGGAAAGCCAGCAGGUUGUGGAACAGAGGCUUUGAGAUAGUCACUCAGGAAGUUUCAGAGGAUUAACCUCACUGUGGUGCAUGUGCAAAAUAAGGGAGAUACCGUGGGUCACUUUCUAUGAUCACAUCAGUGCUACGAAUAAAUUGGUUUUAAAAUUAUAAACAAAACUAGAAGCACACUGCCAGGAACUAGGAGCAUACUUGAUGAAAUUGAAACUGUUAUCAUCAGUAUGUACUAUCAAUAUGGGAUUUAGCUCAUCUCUUUUUCACCAAAUAUAUAUAUAAUGCCUACCAGAAUGAAUCGUUGUUUUUGAUACCCAAUUAACUAUUCACAGCUAAAAAGGAAUUUGCAAAUUCCAGGGAAGUAAAAGGAAAAAAAGAUCAGGGAUAUGAGAUCAUAAAUAAGUCAUAAAUUUCAUAUUAAAUAUUUGCUUACACUUCCCAAUUAUUUUCUUCUUCAUUAUCAUAUUUAGUAGCUUGCCAUUAUCCCUUCUUAGUUGUUGUGAGCACUAAAUGAAAUUAGUAAUUAAAGUAAACCACAUGGCAUUGUUUUCAUUUAGGGACUAUCAAGAGCCCUGCAUUUCCCCACUUCAUGUAUGUGAGAAGGUUAAUGUAGGCGGCAUUGAUAAUGGUUAUUUGACAUACAUUUUUAGCAAACAAGAAGGGAGUUCCUAAAAAGAAACGUAAAUACUAAUUUCUUAGCACUGCUUGUGAAAUAGGAUGAAAAGAGAAAUUGAGGAGUUUGCAAAGACCCAACAAGUUGUUUCCCUCAAAUGGGGAAGUUUGUCUUACUAUGAUAAAUAAUAUAUUAUUUCCCGUUUACAGCAACCUGUGCUGGCCAGUUAUCUAGUUGAAUGAAACCCUCUUUUUUCCUGCAGCAGAAAUAAAGUUGAGUUUUGAGAGCUGGAUGAAAAUAAAGUACUACUUAUUUUCUGAGAUCAAAAGGGGCAAAUCCAGCCUGGUAGUAUUCUCGUGAAUAUAUUUAUCUGUUUAAGGGGUAUGAGUUCCCCAUAUAUCCUUAAAAGUAUCAAAUGUAAAUAUACAUAUUUACUCAUUAAGUUUUCAUUAAUUUAUAAUAAGAGGGAAUUCAAAUUAAGGACACUAAAAACCUAUAGAUUUUCAGGUGAAGCUUCUAGUUUUGUAAAUUGUAUUGAUCACUUGACACUUCAAAGUAAAGAAAAUAAGAAUUUAAUGAAUAUUCUAAAACAUUACUGAAAAGAAUUUCCCUAGAAAUUUACUUAUCAGUACAAAAAAUAAAUUUUUUAUACAAUGUAUUUUCCAUAAAAAAUAGUGUUUGUAAGAAAAUAGUGUUACUUAAAUAAAGAGAAACUAUAUGGCAUUUUAGAUCAGAAGGAAGAGGCAGUUUUCUUGAAGAAGAUAAAUGUUCAGGGAUAACAAUUAUUCAGUGGUUUGUAUCAUAUCACAUUUUGAAAAUGUUAGUGGCUCGUUUAUUGUUUUAAUAGUAUUGAAACUGAUAUUUUUCACUGUUGCCAAAGCAGUAGCUGAUAAUAGUUAAGUGUCCACAGCUGUAUUACCUUAGAGUGAUAAAACUGCAUCUGGGAGGUUUUAAUACUUUAAUAAAACAGGCCCAAACCCUAUUUCCAAGUUGAACAAAACUACUCUGACUUGCCCACGCCCAUACCACUAACCAGAAGAAUCCAGAGUUAGAGAUGAGGUGUCCAGUUUUCUAGUUGUAAUUUGCCCCCAUCCCAUGAUUUUGAGAACCCAAUAAAACUUUUAACUCUGAAUUUUGUAACCGUGGUCAUUAUCAGCUUGGUUCAUUGUGAUCCUCUCAGAUGGUCCCUUAUCCUUCCAGUGCCUUCUCCAUAACUCCACCAGAUCAAGGCUCUUUGGACACCUGCAUGACUACUUCAUGGGUGGGGGAGACAUAAGUUUCUCAAGCCCUGAGUCAUAGGCGAAGAUACAAUGGGAAAAAGGAAUUUCACAAAAUGGGAGAAAUUGCAUGUUAGUCAAAGUAGUUCCCGAGAAUAAACCCGUACAGAAAACAAACUUUCCUGAUGUCAUCUUGGCUCUAAUUUCAGAAGGGCUAUAUUAAUAGGUAUUUAGACCCAUAUGCUCCCAUGCUACACAAAGCAAAGAUAUUAUCAGUUGCCCUGCUUCCUAGGUACACUGGCUGACAGAAUAGUGAAUGCUAUAUAAAUGCUUAACUGGAGACUUCCCUGAAUUCUUUCUUUCUGUUUUAAACUUUCAGGUGAUUUGAUUAUUUUGAAACAUGUUACAUGUAAUUGUAUAAUGUUAACUAAAUUAUUGGUAUUAAAUUUAGGAUGUUGUUUUAAGAAUUACCUGAGGAGAUGUACUUACUGUCUGCUUUCUAGUAGCAUACUUCAUGUUGUGCUGAAUUAAACUUAACCAUUCAAGAUUUA